AUGAACAGUUUUGCUACUGCCUUGUCAAAUGAAUCGUGGAUUGAUACCUACCAGGCUCAUGGUACCGAGGCGAAAUUUAACAACUUUCAUAGUAUUCUCAUGUAUCAUUUUAAUGCAAAUUGUCCACGAGUUUCCAAAUGUGUACCUAAAGGAACCGGAAAACAGUGGGUUAACGAAGCUAUUAAAGAAUCUAGUCUCAAUUUAAAGGAUCUGUAUCGUAUGCAAAUCGUUGAUAGCAAUCUGACUGAUACAUAUAAAAAUGCUAAGAAAAACCAUAGACUACUUAUUAAAAAAACGAAAAACUUAACCGAAGAAGACACUCAAACUCUUAUUCAAAACGUGGACAUCAUCUAUCAUGGAGCAGCGUCAAUAAGAUUCGAUGAUCACCUGAAAGAUGCAGUACUACUGAAUACAAGAGGUACUAAAGAAGUAGUAGACAUAGCAUUGCAAGCAAAGAAGUUAUUAACGUUUGUGCAUAUAUCUACUUCAUAUUGUAAUUGCGAUAGAUUCGAAGUAGAGGAAAAAAUGUAUCUAGCACAUGCUGAUUGGAAAAGUACUAUAACACUGGCGGAACAAGUUGAUCAACACACUUUAAGUAUUCUGUCACCGAAGUAUAUUUAUCCACUACCAAAUACUUACACAUUUGCAAAAUCUUUAUCUGACCAUGUCGUUAACGAUUUGUGCAAAGGCAAACUACUUACAACAAUUGUAAGACCUUCAAUUGUUGUUCCGUCUUUAGACGAACCAAUUUCUGGCUGGUGUGAAAACUUCAACGGCCCAGUUGGUCUGCUCUGUGGUGGAGGAAAAGGUGUAUUAAAAACAUGUUAUGGAGAUGAAAAUUCCACUAUUGAUUGGCUUCCAGUGGGCAUUUUAUCAAAAUUUUUAAUUCUGAUUACCUACGAAAAGGCUUUAUAUAAGUAA